AUGUUUCCGACUGGUGUUGCUAACAUCGCUAUUCCACCGCCUACAUUGCCCGUAACACCGACAACGUCUACUGACAAUCCUCCUCCUAAACCUGAGAUAGUUAUCCGAUGUGGUAAUAUUUUGAGCUGGAAGCACGUUCAAGGAGCUUCUGGAAAGCUCAAGGCAUUUGGAUUUUGCGAAUAUGAGAUGCCAGAAUCGACUAUGCGUUGUGUUAAAGUUGAUACCAAAACUGAAAGUCUCCUUGAAGAAUAUUUUAAAAAGAAAAAGAAAGAUGACGCUGAUGAAGAAGAGCAAAAUAAAAUCAUGAAACGUGAUGACGAAGUCAUUAAGCUGGCACUCCAAGGAAUCUUGAAUGAAAAUGCUGCACUUUUGGAAACAAUAGAAGACAUGGAUUUGGAUAAUGACAGAAAAGAUCUUAUUAACCGUGAGAUUGAAACCUUUCGCAAACGUCAUGAGCAGAAGGAUGACGACUCCGACAAGCGCGCUAAAGCCAGGCGCGACGCUACGAGUAGCCGAUUGAAACUGGAAGCCGAGCGAGCUAGUCGGGAACGUGAAAAGGAGCGACGUAGAACUCGUUCCCGCUCAGUCGAAAUAAGCCGAAAAAAUCGGGGGACAACAUCUGGAUCCGUGAUAUCGGCUUCGGUAACUGGUGUGCUUGAUGAAGAGGAUGAAGCCAUACGAAAGAAACUAGAGAGGAAAUUAAAAGAAAAAGAAGAGUCCUAUCAAGAGAGACUCAGGCAAUGGGAAGCUAGAGAGCGCAAAAAAGCCGCUGAAUAUGAGAGGGAAAAAGAGCGUGAAAAGAAAAAAAAGGACGAUAUAGAAGUCGAAGCACAACGACUAAGAGAAUUCUUUGAAGAU